UCGGGAAAGCGCGCUUAAUCGAGCGCUUAUGCGCGCCUACGCGCAAGGCGCUGGCCUACCGCCUCGCAUAGGCCAUGUGCGCUCGUAAAGGCGCGACGCGCGCCUAGGCGGAGCGCUUUUCUCGCUGAGGCGAGCUUAAGCGCGCGGAACAGCGCGGAACGGGCGCUUAAUGGCGCAGAACGACGAGAGGGGAUCCAUCGGGGAAUCGGGAUAAAGAGGCAGGGAGCCACGGGAUGAAAGGCAGAGGGUCAAAAUCGAGCCCGUGUUAGGGUUAGGGUCUCCUCUCCUCCAUUCCUCGCGCCGCCGGACUCUCCUUGGGGCCGCGAGACUCUCCUCGCGCCGCCGGCAGCAGCACGCCCUCCGCCCUGGAUCUGAAGCUUCUCCUCGCGCCUCUCCUGCUCGGGCCCUCCCCCACACCUCCGGUUGCUGGCCUUCGACCUCAUCCCGCCGUGGAUCUCGCGGCCUGGUCUUCUUCUCUUCAGGCAGGAUGUCAACAUCAGAGAACACCACCGCCCAAACAGAGUCCGAAAGGCCGAUAGCUCUGAAGAGGAAAUCCAAUGAUGUUGGAUGGAACUAUGGGAAACUAUGUGAUGUCACAAACAAGGAGAGGGUGAAGUGUGACUUUUGUGGCCAUAUUAGCACCGGAGGAAUUAACCGUUUCAAGCUACACAUCACAGGCACCACCUCAAGCGUUCUUUCAUGUUUAAGAUCAACUCCGGAGGCUAAAGCAAUAUGCCAGAGAGCUCUUGAUGCAUAUGAGGCAAAGAAGGUGGCGAAGAAAAAACAUACGACAGAAGUGAGGGCUGAUGUGCAUGUUACAGCCCUAAAUGAAGCAAGGGAUGGUAGGGAAUCUGUUUGUGUUGGAAGCACAUCAUCGGAGCCCAACAAAUUAGGACCAAUGGACAAGUUUGUGCGUCCUAUUGAUGGUAAAUCAAGCAAAGAGGAAGCCUUGAAGCAGCUAAGUAUGAAUGAAGCACUAUUCAAGGAGAGAAGAGGUCAAUGUUCACCAUAUGUUGCUAGAUGGGUGUAUUCACAUGGCAUACCAUUUAAUGCUCUUGACAAUGAUGAGUUUUGUCAAAUGUGUGAGGCCAUAGGCAAAUUUGGUCCUGGAUAUGAGCCUCCUACUCAAUAUGAGCUUAGGGAGAAGUUGUUGAGUGAUGAAUAUGCAAGGACCAAGAGUUUGUUAGAUGAAAGUGAGAAGGAGAAGAUAAAGCUUGGGUGCACCAUCAUGACAGAUGCAUGGACGGACAUGAAGAGGAGGAGCAUAAUGAAUUUGUGCAUGCAUUGCAGUGGGGGGACAAGUUUUCUCAAAUCAAAGGAAACAUCUGAUGUGUCACAUACAAGUGAAGUCAUAUUUCAGCUAGUGGACAGCGCAAUUGAGGAGGUAGGGGCGGAGCAUGUGAUGCAAGUGGUGACGGACAAUGCUUCCAAUAACAUGGGAGCCAAGAAAAUGUUGCUUGAGAAGAGGCCGAAGAUCUUUUGGAGCUCUUGUGCAACUCACACUAUCAACUUAAUGCUCCAAGGAAUUGGCAGCCUCAAGAGAUUCAAAACAAUAAUUGAUCAAGCAAAGAACCUCACCAUCUUCAUCUAUGCGCAUCACAAGACUUUGGCAUUGAUGAGGGUUGCUACAAAAAGGAGAGAUAUCAUAAGGCCGGGGGUGACUAGAUUUGCUUCCGCUUUUCUCACAUUGCAAAGUUUGUUGGAGAAGAAAGAUGCUUUAAGGUAUAUGGUGGUUGAAAGAGCUUGGGAAGAUAUGAAAAAUGUGAAAACAAAGAAAGGCAAGGAUGCAACGGCAACGGUGAUGGAUGCAAACUUUUGGAAAGGUGUGCUCCUAUGCAUAAAGGUGUUUGAGCCAUUGGUGAGAGUACUUCGUUUGGUUGAUGGGGAUAUUAAGCCAUCGAUGGCUUGGUUGUAUGGAGAGUUGGUGAAUGCAAAGAGGGAGAUGAAGGAGGCAUUUAACAACUUGGAGAGGAACUACAAAGAUACUAUGGGCAUUGUUGAAAAGAAGAUGAAUGGAAGGCUAGAUUCUCCACUGCACAUGGCCGCAUAUGUGUUGAACCCACACUAUAGUUAUGCAGAUAGCUCCGUCUUUACCACUGCAAAUGAAGGAUUUCAGGAGUGUGCUGAACAAUACUAUGCAAAUGAUCAUGAUACUUGCAUGCUGGUUGUCAAUGACGAGUUUCUGAAAUAUGAAAACAAAGAAGGAACUUUUGGAAAGAAGCUUGCAAAAGCAUGUGAAAAUAAAAGCUACAGCCCCGAUACAUACCAAGAGAAGAAAUAGGCUCACAACGGAGCGAUGCAACAAUUUGGUCUUCAUAAGGUUCAACAAUAGGAUGUUGUCUAGGAAACAAAAGCUCCUAGAGAAGAAGAAAUGGGAUGUGCUCAUUAGCACCGAUGCUACCGAAGCUCAAGGAUUUCUAUUUGAAGGAGGGGAUGAUUAUGCAAGCGUUGUUUAUCUUGAUGAGGAGGAUGGAGAUGUUCAUCCGGGUACGGGGAUAUCAUGGGAUCUACUUGGUGAAGCAAUGGGAGCACAAGAGCAACUCCAACUUCGGAGGAGUGCAAGAGUGAGAGACCUUGAGGAGGAGGAGUUUGAAUCCGAUCAUGAUGAUGAGGAGAUAGUGGAUGAAGAUGAGAUUGAGUAUGAGGAUGAUUGAGAGGCAUUGAGCAUUUGAGCUAGUGAUCAUUGGCUCAUUGCAUGAUGGUUGGCAGCAUCAUGCCAUUAAGUGAUCAAGUUAUCAUGCAUUUGCAUUCAUGCAUUUGUCUUUUGUUUGUUAUUUGUUAUGUAAGAGACUAUGAUGGAGUGGUCACGGGUGAGACUAUUGUGGAUCGUGGCCGUGGUACUUUGGUUUGGUAGCACUAAGCAAGUUUAAGACUUUUAUUUGUUAUGUAAUAUGCUUGCUUGUGAA